AUGAUAAAGUUGAUGUCGCUCUUGGUGAAGUCCGUGGCUUUCAUCAACAUCGCUGCCAAAUCCACUGAUUUCGUCGAUGCCUUAACGACCAAGAGCUAUGUUCCGAGGCAAGUUGUAUCACCCAGGCCCACCACAACGACUACAGCCUCAUCGCAGCAGAACAAGAAGCAGCACAAACUUCUGCAACAAGAAAAACAGCAGAAGAUCGAUGUGGUGGACGCGGGAAUAUCCGGGUCGCCGCAAACCAGCCAAUAUGAGGAAAGCAACCUGCUCAAGAAGGCACAGGCGGUGCUGCAAGCCAAGGUGGAAUCGGAAGAGCUCGAAACGAUGAACAUGUGGGAACUUGGUAAAAUAUUGCUUAGUGGAUUUUUUUGUGCUCGCCCUGUGCAGUAGUUCUCGUGCAGGUCCCUUUCUCAUGCGUCAGGGAGACCUGCUCAAGCUCAAUCAAUAUCAAAUUCAAAGGGAGGCGAAACAAGCCGAAGCCUCACACUCGUUAGACGAUUGAGGGACGAGACCUUAACAUUAAUGAAACUACUGAAACUGAAUAAACCAAUCGGAAUCUGAUCAUUAGCCCAACGCGACCCCAUCCUUCUCGCGAAGAAGAUCACCCGCGACAUGUUGAUCCCGCACGAGGAUUUUGUGCUGUUCAAGACGUCGGACAUCCCGCACUGGAUCGCGUUUUCCGUGAUCUUUGUCGGUGUCUUGAUCUUCGACAACCUGUACCUCUUCCGCAAACACCAAGUUUUGGAGCUCUGGCAGGCGUCUUUGUACGCGCUCGGCUACGUGGGCGUGGCGCUGGCCUUUGUCUUCUACGUGUACCUCUUUAAAGGGGCCGACAACGCGGCGACUUGGUUUUCCGGGUACUUGCUCGAAUGGAUGUUGUCCGUGGACAACUUGUUCGUCUUUCGCAUGGUCUUCGACAUAUACGCGACCCCGGACAAGCUGAAGCACAAGCCGCUGUUUUACGGGAUUAUUGGCGCGAUCUUCUUCCGCAUGGUCUUCUUCGUCGUGGGGGAGGCUCUGAUCCACACCCUGCACUUCAUGCACAUCGUGUUCGGGGCGUUUCUGGUGUACACCGGGAUCCACGUGGCGUUAUUCGAAGACGAGGACGGCGACCCUACGGAGCACCCGAUCAUUGUGUGGGCAAGUGAGGUGUUGCCGCUCAUCAAUGGGUACGACGAGAGCGGCAGGUUUUUCGUCAAGUGCGAGGUCUUGCCGGACGGGACGCUGAAGCUACCCCCGGAGAGCACGACGGUGUCGUUGCCGGACCUGGACAAAAGCUCGAGCUCAAAAUCCAAUCUAGGCGCGGACAGCGCGUCCUCUGCCUCGCACGCAAGCAAAGCGCACAAUCUGAAGGUGCUUACUGACUUUGAACAGCGUGUCCUUGAUUUGAGGUUUCAGGAUAGUACUGGCGCGCCCGUAGUACAGCUGCAGUGCUCUGUUUUUCAAGGAGCGAACGAUUUACGUGAUGAUACGAGGUGAUAAGAUACUUACCGUGACCGUAUGACACGAAAAAUAACAUUGCCAGGUCUACGAAUCCCAAUGGGGUCGCUCGCCUCGUUCCCUGCCCCAGGGUUACCGGGUCGAGUGGCGCUGCACGUUUCUGUUCAUCGUGGUGGUGUGUUUGGAAAUCACCGAUCUGAUGUUCGCGGUAGACUCGGUUUCCGCCAUCGUCGCGCAGGUACCGGACCUGUACCUGGCGUACACCGCCUGCAUCAUGGCGAUGCUGGGAUUGCGGGCGACCUUUCUCAUUGUUGACGAACUGAUGCUAUCCUGUGCAAAAGUAUCGUACUCGUACUGAUUGCAGUUAUGCAUUACAAAUCUCCUCCACAAGGCAAAUCCGCACUUCAAAUUUAAUUUGUAAUGCUAGGCCAAUUUGUAAUGCAAUUUAUACUAGUACGUUACAUUACUUUUGCAGUUCAUAAAUGCGGCUGUUCGAGUAUCUGAAGUACGGAGUCGCCUUCAUCCUCGUCUUCAUCGGGUUCAAGCUCAUCCUGUCAAAGGUAAAAGAGUAACACUGAGUUCAACACAUAAAAAACAACGCGAGUCAGAAGUACUAGGGGAUGUGAAAAUGGUUUUAGAUGAUAGGUGGCACUAACCGCUGUAGUUGAAGAUGUUUACGCAUAUGCUUUCCAAAAUGAAAAAAACGACACAGGUCGUGAUUAUCCCCUCUUUUGUGGUCACCGGCAUAUUCACCAUCACGCUUGCCAUCUGUGCCGCGAUCUCGAUGGCUGGAAGACAAGCGCGGUCGCAGGCCCCGAGCCCCGCGACGCCUCGACAUGCAGGCACCGCCAGCGAAAAGGCGACAACACCUCGAACAAGCGGUGGAGUGGUGCAGCCGGGAAGUCAAGUGAAUCAGGCCUUAGUGGCGGGAAAAUGAAUUGAUAUUGAGGUUGACACGGAGGACGAGAUGGGGAUGGAUGUCUGGAUAAUUGAGGUUCCGCAGUCCGGGGGAACUACAAGGAUCUUCGUUCGUGGUCUUGUUCCACGACGGGUGCGCCACCGUGCCGUCGCGCCACUAGUGGCACAGAACGACGACCCGGACGUGGAAAAUGCAACUCAGGGGGGCGGUCAUGAAAUCGCCACGAACAGUUGCAGCUCUCGACGCCUAUUUAAUUUUUUCCGAAAAUGAAUGAAAGUGUCAAGGUGAAAUGUGCAAAUUCUUAGAAAAACUGCAAAUAAACAAGUUCACAAGAACCCUGCUGGCUGUGGCUUCUAUCUGACGUUACAACUACCGACAUCAUGACCUCAGUCGUUUGUUUUUGAAAGCGGACGUUGAUUUGAUUUCUUGCAAAACAACAAAAGAAACAAGACGAGGAAAUAAGGCUGCUCGCGAGCAUUACU